UUAGCUGUCAUUGUGUAUAAAACCUUUAAAUUUCGCGUCUAUUGUGAUAUUUAGUUAAUUUUAUCGUUACAAUGGCGAGUAAAGUAGCAGUAGUAACUGGUGGAAACAAAGGUAUUGGAUUUGCGAUUGUUCGUGGCCUUUGCAAGCGUUUCGAAGGUGUUGUAUAUUUAACUUCAAGAGACGAGGAACGGGGCAAAAGAGCAGUAGCUGAAUUAAACAAAGAAGGUUUAAGUCCGCUUUACCACAAAUUGGAUAUAACUGUGAAGGAAAGUGUUGAAGUUUUCAGGGAUUAUAUGAAACAAAAAUACGGAGGUAUCGAUGUUCUGGUUAAUAACGCUGCUAUAGCUUUCAAAGUUAACGCCAAAGAGCCAGUAGCUGUCCAAGCAGCGGAAACUUUGAGAGUCAAUUAUUUCUCUGUUCUUUCUACAUGUGAAAUAUUAUUUCCUGUACUUAAAAACGGCGCUAGAGUUGUUAAUGUUUCGAGUUCCUGUGGUCAAUUAAGUCACAUAAAGAGCGAGAGUUUGAGAAAUCGGUUGAAAGACCCUAGGCUGACUGUUCCCGAACUUUCUGAACUGAUGUACCAGUAUAUUGAGGAUGCUAAACAGGGAAUUCAUUCUAAUAAAUGGGGAAACUCCUCAUAUGUGGUGUCUAAAGUUGGCUUGACUGCAUUGACAAUGAUUCAACAACGUCAACUCAAUGACAGAGAUAUAAAAGUUAAUGCAGUGCAUCCAGGUUAUGUAGACACAGAUAUGACAUCACAUAGAGGCCACCUGACUAUAGAUGAAGGUGCAGUAGCACCAUUAUUCCUAGCUCUGGAUGCCGAUGACUCAGUCCGCGGGCAGUAUGUGUGGUGUGACAAGAGGAUUGUUAACUGGGAUGGACAGAGGCUUAAAGAUUAAAUCAUUUAUGUUAAUGUUCUCUAGGUCUACAAUGGUUAAAAAUAUAUCCUAGACUUAAAAAUGUGAUAAUUGUAUAUAAUGCAUUUUGAUUGCACAAUCAUGUUGUAAUAUUGUAAGUUUAAAGUAUGUUCAAGAAUGUUCUAGAAUUUAUUAUCAGCAUGAGAUAAAAGAUUAUAUUUUGUUAACUUAAUUGUAUUAUUAUUUACUAAAUAUACUGAAGUGAAAAAUCUA